AUUAUGCAUAUAUAAGGCAAAGCUAGCUAUAGAAAUAUCAUAGAGCGUGUGAGAAAAAACAAUGGACACUACUUGGAUUCUAUUUGUUACACUAAUUUUCUUGUGCACUUUGAUCCUAUACUACAAGAAUAGGCUUAGUCAUAAGCUCAAAUCAAAACACAAAAAUCAGCUUCCAUUAGGCACUCUUGGUUGGCCUUUUAUUGGUGAAACCAUUGAGUUUGUUUCUUGUGCUUACACUGAUCAUCCUGAGAGCUUCAUGGACAAGAGACGAACCAUGUAUGGUAAGGUUUUCAAGUCACACAUAUUUGGAAGCCCUACCAUUGUUUCAACAGAUGCAGAUGUGAACAAGUUCAUACUCCAAAGUGAUGCAAAGGUUUUUGUUCCUUCUUAUCCCAAGUCUUUGAUGGAGUUGAUGGGAGAGUCUUCUAUUUUGCUCAUCAAUGGAACCUUACAAAGGAGAAUACAUGGACUUAUAGGAGCUUUCUUCAAGUCUCAACAGCUAAAGGUUCAAAUUACAACAGAUAUGCAGAAGUAUGUUCAAGAAUCAAUGGAAAAAUGGAAGGAGGACCAACCUAUAUACAUACAAGAUGAAACAAAAAAGAUUGCCUUCCAUGUACUAGUCAAGGCAUUGAUUAGUUUGGAACCAGGUGAAGAAAUGGAGCUUCUAAAAAAACAUUUUCAGGAAUUUAUCUCUGGUCUAAUGUCUUUGCCAAUAAACUUACCAGGAACCAAACUUUAUCAAUCUUUACAGGCAAAAAAGAAAAUGGUGAAAUUAGUGAGAAAAAUUAUCCAAGCUAGAAGAAAUAAAGGCAACUUUGAAGUUCCAAAAGAUGUAGUGGAUGUGCUUCUUACUGAUACAAGUGAGAAAUUGACAGAUGAUUUAAUAGCAGAUAAUAUUAUUGAUAUGAUGAUUCCUGGAGAGGACUCAGUUCCAGUUCUUAUGACUCUAGCUACAAAGUACCUAUCAGAAUGUCCUGUUGCUUUGCAACAAUUGACGGUACGAUAUGAGGAAAACAUAAAGCUCAAGAAACUAAAAGAUCAGCUUGGUGAGACUUUAUGUUGGAGUGAUUACUUAUCAUUGCCAUUUACUCAAAAAGUUAUCACAGAAACUUUGAGAAUGGGAAAUAUUAUAAAUGGUGUUAUGAGAAAGGCCUUAAAAGAUGUUGAAAUUAAAGGGUAUUUCAUACCACAAGGAUGGUGUGUAUUUACAAAUUUUAGAUCAGUUCAUCUAGAUGAGAAAAACUUUGAGUUGCCAUAUCAAUUCAAUCCAUGGAGGUGGCAAAAUAAGGACAUGAAUAGUUACAAUUUUACUCCUUUUGGAGGAGGACAAAGGCUGUGUCCUGGAAUUGACUUGGCCAGGUUGGAAGCUUCCAUCUUUCUACAUCACCUUGUUACUCAGUUCAGAUGGUAUGCUGAAGAAGAUACAAUAGUGAACUUCCCCACAGUAAGAAUGAAAAGAAGGAUGCCUAUCUUAGUAAGGAGAGUGGAACCGUAAAUUGUCUUAGCCAGAAAGCAUGAAGCCACUUCUACAUACCAAUACAGUACAACCAGAUCCAGUAUAUGAAAUAUACAAAUACAAGUAGAAAUCAUCUCCAUUUCUUACAAAAAAAAUAAAUAAAUAUUUCGUUAUGAAUUUUGGUGUAUAAAUGUUCAACUAAUGUCAUUAAUUUCGGAAAUGUGUAUCUUUAUAUUCUUUGUACAUCUAAAAA